AUGGGGCGGUACUCGGGCAAGACGUGCCGCCUCAUCUUCAUGCUGGUGCUCACCGUCGGCUUCUUCGUGGCCGAGCUGGUGUCCGGCUACCUGGGCAACUCCAUCGCGCUGGUGUCCGACUCCUUUAACAUGCUCUCGGACCUCAUCUCCCUAUGCGUGGGGCUCUCCACCGGGCGCAUCGCCCGCCGCAGCCGCCGCGGUCCCCGCGCCACCUACGGCUACAGCCGCGCCGAGGCGGUGGGAGCGCUCAGCAACGCCGUCUUCCUCACCGCCCUCUGCUUCACCAUCCUCGUGGACUCCGUCCUCCGCCUCGCCCGGCCCGGGCCCAUCGACGACGCCCAGCUGGUGCUCAUCGUCGGCACCCUCGGCCUCGCCGUCAACAUCGUGGGGCUCCUCGUCUUCCAGGACUGGGGCGCCUGCUGCCGCGGGCGACGGUCCUGCCCCGCUCCUCCCGCGGCCGCCGCUCCGCGGGACGUGCCCGGCGGCAUCCCGAACGGCGAGGAGGAUGAAGCAGGUGAUUCACCAAAUGACCAAAAGAUCCCUGAAGGGGGGUGUGAGAAGAAAAAAGAGAAAAAGUCUGAAGCCUUGAACAUCAGAGGUGUUCUUUUGCAUGUUAUGGGAGAUGCACUUGGAUCUGUGGUCGUGGUAGUUACUGCUACUAUCUUCUAUGUACGUCCUCUGGGGGAUGCUCCAUGUAAUUGGCAGUGCUACAUUGAUCCAAGCCUGACAAUAGUCAUGGUGUUCAUCAUCUUGUCUUCUGCAUUCCCUCUCAUGAAGGAGACCUCAACUAUUCUGUUGCAGAUGGUCCCCAAAGGUGUUAAUAUGCAACUACUGACUGACAGACUAGCUCGUGUACCAGGGGUUAGCAGCCUCCAUGAGGUGCACGUCUGGGAGCUCGCAGGUGGGAAGAACAUUGCCACUCUCCAUAUCAAGUGCCAAACCCCUUCUGACUACCAAGAUGCUUCUUACAAAAUCCGGAAGAUUUUCCACGAGGCAGGAGUCCAUUCUGUGACCAUCCAGCCCGAGUAUGCUGACCACAAGACCUUACAUCUACUGUGCAGCUCACCCUGCAUCUCUAAAUCCUGUGACUCUCAUCUGUGCUGCAGCCAGAGGGAGCCCCCCCGGGCUGAAACGAAUGGCUACAGGGAGAAAAAUGAAAGAUCUCUUUCUGCACAGCACAGAGACAGUAAUUCAAGGAACAGUGACAUUGAAAUCCCUAUGGAGGACCCAGUGGCAGAGGAGAGCGUGAAAAACGCGAAAAAUAGUGACGUUUCUGAUGACAAAUCACAGUUGGGUAGUACAAGAUUUUAGGCAAUUUGCUCUGCUCUGUGUCAUGUUCUCAUGGAGCAAACACAUCCUGGCUGGGAAGGGGGGCAUCCGUGGUUGUAGCUGAAGUUGGUGUGGCAAAAAGAUUUCUGUGCUUUAGCUGUAAACCAAAAUGCACCUAAAACCCCCUUGUACCUGAAAUAAGGAUUAAGAUUUCCAUCAAGGCUGUUGGAUUCAUGUGAUUUUUGUGAUGCAGCCUUACCCAGUUCCUUGUCAAACUAAGGCUGAAUUCCUACUGUUAGAGUGGAUGGGGUGUAUUGCUCUCUGUCUGCACUGAUGUUUGCAGUUCAUGGCCCAUAGCACUGGGAAAGAACCUCUGGCUUUCCUGCUGGAAUGAGCUGUUUCUUGAAAGCCCUGUGGCCAAUUAAUGAUUGUACUGGGCUGAAGUACUGUAUAUUUAUAAAGGACUUCAGUAGAGAUGCUUUACUGAUCCUUAAACCCCAUUUUUGCAUGGACAGUUCGUUUUUAACAGUAACAAUUCUGGCCAGUAGAGUUUGUGUAUUAAAUUAAGAGUGUCUAAGGGGAAGCACUCAGGAAUUUUGACUUGUGUUAUUUUCUUGAUUGACUCCUAUCUUGAGGGACAGAGCAGAAGCUGGUCUUGCUUCUCUACAAGUAAUACUGGAGUCUCAACUUAAUCACAGAUGAGCGUGCUGAGGAAAAGACUGCUUGUCAUGAAAGCAAAAAGUAGCUACUAACGUUGUCUGUAUUGAUUGUAGCAAAUGGAAAUGCAGGCAGUCAUCCAAUUAACUUUUAUCUUUUUCACUGUUGUGAUUGUACAACUAAGUCUUUUAAAAUUCUUCUUAUCCUUCUCCUGACAACACAAGUUCCAAGAGCCAUGGUCUAUUUCAUCAUUGUGCAGGAUGAUUGUGCUGUCUUUAACACUGAGUCUGUCAUUAUUCGUGCUGAAUAAAUAAGCUACUGUGUUUAUUACAAA